UGACGUAAUAUUGACAUCAGUAUCAUUUUCAAAAUUGAUCGUGGAUUGAUUUGUUUUGGUUAGAAAAUCGGAAAUAAUUGAUAUCGCGCAGGAAUACGGCGGGCGUGUCGUAUUUAUAUUAUAAUGUUACUGUGAAAAUACACAUAAGGUUCUACAAUGGAGCAAAUCUACGCAUUUGGCGUUGCCUGCAUAGAAGUCAUACAAUACUGGUUUUCGGAAUAUGAGGACUUCUUCGAGAUGGUGAACAAGACGUUUGACCCGGAGCACAUGAUAGACAUCCUCUUCCCGGUGAUGUCUAUCAUAGACUCCGUGUUUGCUGCUCAACUGUUGCUGUGUCUCGCUUUCGGUGGCUGGUUGAAUGCUGUUAUGAAAUGGUGGUUCCUAGAAGAGCGACCGUACUGGUGGGUGAGGGAGACCACGUUCUACACGUCCUCCAGCAGACCGGUGCUGCGGCAGACGCUGCAGACCUGCGAGACCGGGCCGGGCAGCCCCUCAGGACACACCAGUACAGCAGCCAUGAUGAUCAUACUGUCUCUCAUGUGGAUCUCACAUGUUAUGUAUGAUCGCCGGCAGUGCCACAUGUGGUGGUGGAAGACGGUGGUGUACCCGCUGUGCGGGGCGGCGCUCGUCUCCGUGGUGCUGGCGCGCGUCUACAUCGCCACGCACUUCCCGCACCAGUGUCUCAUCGGGGCGCUCGUUGGUUCCUUCGUAGCGCCAGCUCUCUGCAUCUACAUCUCAGAUCCCUUCAUAUGGAAGUAUGGGUCCCACGCGACGUACGAAACUAGUCGAGCGGUAGCGUGGCACGUUCUCGGCGCCGUAGCUACGAUUAUAAUAGCCGGACUCACGUAUUUAGGCUUAUUAUGGUGCGGCUUGGACCCCCAGUGGACUAUCAAAUUGGCGUUCCGUUGGUGUGAGAAUCCCGAAGCUAUCCGAGUGUCGACGACUCCGAUGUACGCGCUAGUACAUGCCACGGGCAGUCUGCUGGGCUGGGCACUCUGUGUCACCCCGGCUGUAGCUGAGUACCGACAUUACACAAAGAAUAGAUCGAUUAUAAUAUCAAUUUUUAUAACAGUAACUACGUUAGUGGGCUUCCAGCAUUUACAAGACAACAUAUGUAAGUCGGACGCCUUGAAAUAUUACGCUAGUCUCUUCGUUAUGUCGGCUAUAAAGCCCAUGUUGUUACUGAGAGUGAACCCAGCCGUGGCCAUGUGGCCUUUUAGAGGAUCCAAGACGAAAAACGAUUAAAUCAUCGUGUGUCGCGGAAUAAGAGCCUCUAGCAUGACUUGAAACUAGUCGAGUUCCUCGUCAAACAGUUACGUGAGUAAGCCGAUAACAUAAUAAUUAAUUUAGUGUGUCUCACGAAAGUUGUAAUAAAAUUAACGAUUAAAUCCUUGAUUUUAUUUGUGGGUUUGCCAUUUUGGGGGUCAUUAGACCCAAAGGGGGUCGAUAGUUAAUUUUCAGGUUUUUGGGGUCAUAAUGCAUUGUUUUAAAAUUUGUACUUAGUAUAAGCUAUUUUAUGUAUUGUGAAGGAAAUCGUGAGGAAACUUCACACUUGUGGUCGUUUUCAUUAAUCACCCCUAAACUAUCUUCUAACUAAGAGUUAGCGUGACGCAGCACCUAAACUAAUCUUUUACUUAUAGGUUGGUAAAAACCAAAAUGUCGUUAAGUGACUCCUAUCUUAACUUAGGGGUCCCUUAAUAUUUAGGAGAGGUUGUUGAAAACGACUUGUAAAAUUUUACUUAUAAUUUAAAUUAUAAGUUUGGAAUCGCCAAUCCGCCUUGAGCAAGCGUGGUGAUUAAUGCUCAAACCUUUUCUGUCUUUGCCCAGUAGUGGGCACUUAUAGGCUGUUGAUAAUGUAUAAUUUUACAAUCAAAUUCAAAAGUUAUGCUGCACUCACUAUAAAUCUAAGAACAUAUGCAUUGACACGAAAUUGGGGUCAUACAUAUGUUUUUAAACUGACAUGGUCACUAACACUAUCAUUAGAACUUGAGACGGGAUAUUUACCAUGUUUAUUUAUGUCUAUGAGUUUCCGAUAUUUCGGUACUGUUGCAAACGCCAUGAUCACGGAUAAACUGAUGAACUGAUGAUCAUGUUGAUGGUAAAUAUCCCGUCUUAAGUACUAAUGAUGGGGUAAUAUGAGACCUAUUAGGCCUAUUUUAGACCCCAAAUGAAAAUGCACAAGUAGGUAGUACAAUGGGGGUUAUUGCUAUUUUUGCUCACCUCACCUGCUCACAAUACAUUAUUGAGUAUUUUGUUUAUUUAUCCGUAGUUCAAAUACAUUUAUGGGUCCCCCGCCAGAGCCAUCUGGUGGCUAAAUAUAAUAUUACAAUGCAGGUUUAUAAUUUAGCCUAAAUAUACUAAUAUUAGAUGAUAAUAUUACUCGUAGAUCUGACUGUUUAACGUCCAAUAUGAAUUAUUUAAAAUCUUUGGAUUAAGGAUUGGAAAGAUUGGGGGAGAGAGGUAAAGGUUGGCGUCCUCAGACCCGCAUCCCACGCAUUCCGUAUGACGUCAUCAGUACGCAUCGCAUGUGGGCAUUGCUGAUGAUGCGGUCCGUACGAUGCGGAUCAGUGGACGCAGUUGUAUGAGUUUCUAUACAAGACAAACUAAAAUCCGUUGCGUGCGAUGCGUACGAUAAGGGACUGUGGACGCCUGCCUUAAUUGGGCCUUCGGUAAACUCACUCACACAACGCAAGCGUUGUUUCACGUCGGUUUUCUGUGAGGCCGUGGUAUCACUCCGGUCGAGCUGAAGCAUGGCUCUCCCACACUUUAUUAUAAAUAAUGUAUUAUUGUAAUUUAUGAUAUUAGCUGUAUAGUGCAUCCUCUCAAAUUGAUCCAAAGAUUUUAGAUUAAUAAGUACUUUCGGCUGUUUAAACAAUAGUUUUGUUAACUAAAAAUUACGGUUUAGUCACGUACAUUAAUGGAGAAAAGGUCUACUAGUUUCGAGUCACAGAGAGACUCUUCACGACGCGACGUCACCGAGUCUGCGCACGCUGCUCAUGAUAAAGAGUCCCUUUGUGACUCGAAACUAGUAGAGCUUUUCUCCAUUCUUACUCCGUGAGUAAACCGUGAUUUUUAGUUAAUUUAGUAUGUCUCACGAUAGUUAUUAUAAAAAAAUGUUUUAUCCAAUGCAAGGUUAGAAAUUUGUUUUUUUUUUAGGUUUAAAAUUCUGGUGUUUGUCAAUUUGUCUAUAUUAUAACAGAUAAUUGUAAAUAGUAAUACGAUAAAAGUGCUGAUGGACCUAAGCAUUCACUUGUAAUAGAAUAUCGAGCAUUCUUCUCUUGGGCGAGGCGAGAGAGUGUUAGACACUCACUGACUAAAAACCACCCCGUGUCUACUCCUGUUUUGAGCCAAAGCCCCGGUAUCCCGUUAUAUUGUCCGCAGCUCCGGUUCGCAUAUCAACCAUACUGGGUUCCCAUCUGCGGUGGUCUGAUGGCGGUGACCGAUGCUUAGCAAAAGAUUUGCCUUCAGCAGUUUUCUUCCACUAGUUAAUGCUUAAAGAAUGCUUAUCGUACGCAUCGCACGCAUUCCGUAUGACGUCAUUAGUACGCAUCGCAUGUAGGCAUUGCUAAUGAUGCGGUCCGUACGAUGCGGAUCAGUGGACGCAGUUGUAUGAGUUUCUAUACAAGACAAACUAAAAUCCGUUGCGUGCGAUGCGUACGAUGCGGGCCUGUGGACGCGUACCUUACAAGUGAAUACUCAAGUUUACCAGCAUAUUUAUACUGAUUGUGAUAUUUUAUUUAAUUUUUUCAUUCUGUGAUAAUUAUAACCAAAAUAAUGUCGAAAUAUACAAAUGAAUAGGUUCCUUAUUAAUUUAAAUAAUAUGUUAUUGCAUGCACACAAAAUCAUGUUUUUUAAAUUAUUCCUAAAAAAUAAUUCAUAAUAAAAGGGUAGUUUUAUUUAUUUUACAAAUGAGUUUGUACUAACUUCUCCUGACUAUGAGCCCCUAGUUUGGCUUGAUACUAGUCGAGCUACCCUGUCAAACAGUUACGUGAAUAAGCCGUUUAAUACAAUUUAAUAUAUUGUCUUCCGAAAGUUACUAAAAUUAUGUCAAUGGUAACAAAAAAAUAUUGUUUUAUAGUAGAGAUUGUCCAGUCAACUGAUAGUAGCGGUGACUGUCCAGGCGACACACGUACUUAGGUAUCGUCGUGAGCUAAUGUUCACAUGUAAACAGCAGCUCAUGUAGUGUAGAUGUCCAGUCAACUGAUGGUAGCUUGUUAUCAUUGACAUAUUUUUAAUUACCUAUCUACAUAUUUUCCGAAUGUUGCAAAUUAUUUGAAUAUUGUAUUGCAAUUUGCAAAAUGCCAUUAUACUGUAUUUUUUGGGUAAAUGAAUAAAAAAGGUUUCAAUUA